AUGGCGGGAGUACAAAAAAAUACUAAAAAAGGUUCAGCCACUGGAGAAGAUUUAGCCAGAUCUUCUCAAACUGUUCAACGAUUAGUGAGCCUUUCCUCUUCAUCUCGUUCUUUUGGAAGUCAAAGUUUGACUAAGUUUUACCGCUCUAGUGGAGUUCCAAGCGUGCAAAGUUACAAAGCAAGAAAGAUUCAAUAUGAAAAAGCAAGAGAAGAUCGAAGAGCAAAAAUUAAUGCUUCAUAUAAAUACAUAUUUGAAGUUCUCAGUGCCAGGGUAGGCUUAGACUUACCAACUGUGGAGGAAAUGAUAUUGGAUGUCCCUUCGUUCGACGCCUUUGAUUCCUUUUUUGCCAAGGGAGGAAGAAAAUCAUUGAUAAUUUUCUAUCAAGAAGCAAAUGCACGAGGAGUAGAGUGUGGUCGGGUAAUUCCAAAUGUUGAAAAAGGAAGUAAAAUUUGGCAAUUUUAUUUGGAGAGGACUCCAGACAAGACCAUAGGACUGUGCUUAUAUUUUGUUCGCUAUAAGAAUGACACGUCCAUAAAUGAAAAGACUAUACAUGAGGAAAUUUCCUUUGGUGUUUUGGAUGCCACUGAUGGACUGCUACCUGGUGUUAAAGAUAUAAUAGAAAAGGUUUUUCUCACUGCUAUCCUUGAAACAAGUAAUUGGGGUAAUUUAGGUCAGUCCAAAGAGGAUACAAAAGACAAGCAAAAUUUUGUGGAAACAAUUAAGAAGUACAUUUCAUUUUUAAGAGGUGCUGCAGCAUGCAUUGAAGGAACAGUUGAGUUGAAAAAAGUAGAUGACAUUAAUUUUUCUGAACUCCAGACCUUUGAUAAAAUAACUGCAGCUGCUGACAAUUAUGACACAGUUCACCAGCUAGAGGAAGUACUUAUGAUAUGGUAUAAACAAAUUGAACAUGUUCUGAUUGAGAGCAAACAGCUAAGGAGAGAAGCUAAGGAUUCAGGUCCACUGAUGGAACUGGAGAACUGGAAAUACACGUCUGCUAAAUUAAACUUUAUUAUCGAACAAAUCAAAGGACAAAACUGUAAAGCUGUUAUUAAUGUUCUGAAAGUUGCACACUCUAAAAUACUAAAGACAUGGCAAGAGUUAGAUGGCAAAAUCACAGAUGCAGCAAAUGAAUCAAAGGAUAAUGUGAAAUACCUAAGCACACUUGAAAAAGUUUGUCAGCCGCUGUAUACCACUGAUGUUGUAUUAAUGACACAGGGAAUACCGAAGUUGAUGAAGACGGUACAAAUGAUUCACCGUGUUUCAAAAUACUACAAUACUUCUGAGAAAAUUACAUCAUUGCUUAUGAAGGUUACAAACCAAAUGGUCACAACAUGUAAAGCAUACAUUACAGAUGCUGGCUUGAAUCGAGUCUGGGAUCAGGAGACACCAAUAGUCAUUGGAAAAAUCAAUGAAUGCAUAUGUCUCUUGAAAGAAUAUCAGAAAUGCUUCCGUGACUCUAAGCAAGAGACUUUGGCAAGUCUAGGAGAGAAGGCUUUGGAAGUAUCAGAAGUGUACAUUUUUGGAAAAUCUGAAGCUUUUUGUAAGAGAUUAGAGAAAAUAAUGCAGAUGAUAGCCAUAGAAGAGAAUUUUAAUGCACUGACUCGGUGUGCAGUUGAAGGUAUAGAUCUUAUGGCAGUGAAAUUCAAAAAUAUCUACCACAUUUUUCAAAAGAAACCAUAUGACAACCUUGAUCCACAAGUAACAGAAUUUGAUGUGGAUUUUGUGAAAUUUAUGUCAGAAGUUGAACGUUUAGAGACACAGCUACAGACUUUUAUGCGUACCUGUUUUCAGAAAAUUGUGUCUUCACAGAAUUCACUUCAAUUACUUCAAAGGUUUCAAAAUCUGAAUAUGCCAUGCCUUCAAGAAGAAACAGCACAUACAAUUGGUUGUAUUCUUCAACAUUAUGUAGCAGAACUUGAAGCUACCAAAAAGCUUUACCAAACCCAGAAAGAUGACCCUCCUCUUGCUCGAAACAUGCCACCAAUUGCAGGGAAGAUAUUGUGGGUGAGACAGCUAUUCAGAAGGGUAAAUGAACCAAUCACCUAUUUCCAUAAGCAUUCAGAUAUCUUGACAAGUCCAGAAGGUAAAGCAGUUGUUCAAUCAUACAACAAACUUGCAUAUGUAUUGGUGGAGUUUGAGGUAGUUUAUCAUAGUGCAUGGAUGAAGGAAAUGUCACAAUUACAGUAUCCCUUACAGUCCACCAUAUUGGUGCGUCAUCCUACAACUGAGAAGUUCCUGGUUAAUUUUGAUCCCCAAAUUCUAGAGAUUGUGCGAGAGACGAAAUGUAUGAUAAAGUUGGGUCUGGAAGUACCAGAGCAAGCAGUCAAGAUAGCAAUAAUAGAAAAUAAAUUGAAGUCAAACAGGUUGCAGUUAGAGGGUCUCAUCCAAUCUUAUGAAGAUUUACGUAAAGCAACACCAAAUAUGUUUGUAAAUCUGUUGACACCAAAAAUGGAAAAGAUGGAAGGUGUGUUUAGGCAAGGACUUACCUUGUUGACUUGGUCAUCUGUCACACUGGAAACUUUCUUUCAAGAAGCUGAUAAAGUUCUGCAUGUAUUCAGACAGCUUUUGAGAAGGGUUACUGUUAUAAGUGAUGUGCAGAUUGGUUCAAUAUUAAAAGAAAUAUCAAGUACUUCUUUAGUUAGUUUGCCAGUCGAUGCUCCUAUCAAAAUAGAGGAUCUGUUGGCUGACAAUGAGAAUUAUACCAAAGAAUGUGCUGAGUUAUUGAACAGCAAAAGCAUGCAUGUCGAAGAUGCUGUUCAAUAUUUAAUAGAUCUAUUUGAAAAGAAUUAUGAAUUUCCAUCCCCUAAGUCCUCAGAAUCACAAGGUAGAAAACAUAUAGCAUUUGAAAGAAAAGAAAAGGAGAAUGAAAAAACUGCUGAAGGACCUCAAAGUGAUGAUAGCAAGAGUGGUGAUAAAGAAGAAGAGUUUAGAAAGAACUGUAAAGACUUACUUGCUUAUUUCAGUCGCCGGCUGCUAAUCAGCCUCCAGAAAGCAACCCGACUGUCUUUGGACCGUAUUAAAAGAAGAAUGAUGUCAAAAUUGUUUUGCAGCAAAUCUGAGGACAUCGCUCCUUUUCUAAAAGCAGAAGUACACCUUGAUAUUCCCAAUCUGGUAAUUGUUCCCAGUUUAGAUGAUAUACAGCAAGCCAUCAAUCGCAUGAUUCAUUUAACACUGGAAGUAAAUCGAGGAGUUGCUCAGUGGGGACAGAGGCAUUUGCAAAAAUCUAUUUUAAAAACAGAACCAGGCACACAGCAAGCAGCUUCUGCAGGCUUUGGAUCACAAGGGAAAAAAGCCAGAAAAGGAGAAAGAGCUGAUGAUACAGUUAUCAGAAAGCUGAAAAACUUUUACGCAGGUGUUGCAGAAAAUGAAGUUAUUACUAAAAUAAUUGUGCUUCUCUCUUCUGCUGGGACUUCUCUAAAAGAAGGAGUUAGUCAAGUUCUGCAAGUGUUUGAUAAAUAUAAGGUGCUGUGGACAGAAGAUAAAGAUACCAAAUUUCAGGAAUUUUUUGCUACUGGUCCCUCCCUGUCUGAAAUUAAAGAGGAAAUAGUUCUCUAUGAUACAUUUGAGCAAGAGAUGAAAAAUUUAAAACCUACUAUUCGUCUUGGUCCAAUUGAAUUGCACACAGGGCCACUGAAAAAUGCUUUAGCAAUUGAAGCCAAUUCCUGGAAGAUGCUUCUCUGUCAUUAUUUAAAUGAAGAAUAUAAAACAAAAUUGCUAGACGUGGUGUCGUUCAUAAACGAAUACAUAAACAGAUUGUCUCGACCUCUGGGUGACUUAGAUGAUGUCAGAUUAGCAAUGGAAGCUUUAUCUGCCAUUCAAGAAAAGAGAGCAGACAUAGAUAUGUCUAUGGGACCUAUUGAAGAAGCCUAUGGCAUUUUAAAUGCAUUUCAAGUGGAAGUUACAAAAGAGGAAUCAGAUGGUGUUGAUUCAAUGAGAUAUGCUUUUAAUAAAUUAAAAACCCAAGCUAUUGCAGUUCAAGAUGAGUUGGUUGAAGUUCAGCCCAAAUUUAAGAGUGAUUUGCUAGAAGCAGUUGCAGUUUUUCGGGAGAAUGUAUCAAACUUUGAAACAGCAUAUGAAAUGGAAGGGCCUAUGGUUCCAAGCAUUUCACCUCAGGAAGCCAGUAAGAGGCUGCAGAUCUUUCAGGCUAACUUUGAUGACCUGUGGAGAAAGUUUAUCACGUACUCGUCUGGUGAACGGCUGUUUGGAUUGCCUGUCACAGAGUAUGACAUUUUGCAUAGAGUCAGGAAGGAGUUAGGACUGCUUCAGAAAUUGUAUGGAUUAUAUGAUACUGUAAUAAGUACUAUCAAUGGUUAUUAUGACAUACUUUGGACAGAGAUAGAUAUUGAAAAAAUCACUACUGAACUUACAGAUUAUCAAGCCAGGUGCCGUAGACUACCUAAAGGCCUUCACCACUGGCAAGCAUUUUCAGAUCUCAAGAAAAGAAUUGAGGAUUUUAUUGAAUGUUGUUCUUUGCUGGAAAUGAUGUCUGACAAAGCAAUGAAGCAAAGACAUUGGGAUCGUAUUUCUGAAACAACAGGACAUCACUUUGAUGUAGAAUCUGAGACCUUUUGCCUUCGAAACAUCAUGGAAGCACCAAUUCUUAAAAAUAAAGAAGAUAUUGAGGAUAUAUGCAUAUCUGCUAUGAAGGAAAAGGAUAUAGAAGCCAAACUGUCUCAAGUAGCUGAAACCUGGGGAGCUCAAAAUCUGAGCUUUGCACAGUUCAAAGCAAGAGGAGAGUUACUGUUAAAGGGAAUUGAAUCAGCAGAAAUUAUGAUAUUGAUGGAGGACAGUUUAAUGGUUCUGGAUUCUCUACUGUCCAAUAGAUAUAAUAUGGCAUUUAAAAAGCAAAUUCAGAGCUGGGUUUCUAAACUAAGCAACUCCUCACACAUAAUUGAAGAAUGGCUGGUUGUGCAGAAUCUCUGGAUUUAUCUUGAAGCUGUUUUUGUAGCAGGAGAUAUUGCAAAAGAGUUACCCCAGGAAGCAAAGCGUUUUCAGAAUAUUGACAAAUCAUGGGUAAAAAUAAUGCAACGAGCUCAUGAAAACACAAAUGUAAUUGCCUGCUGUGUUGGAGAUGAUACUAUGGAGCAACUUCUCCCUUACCUACGUGAACAGUUGGAAGUAUGUCAGAAAUCACUUACAGGGUAUUUAGAGAAGAAAAGACUGCUGUUUCCAAGAUUUUUUUUUAUUUCUGAUCCUGCACUUGUUGAAAUUCUUGGACAAGCAAGUGAUUCUCAUACAAUCCAGCCACAUCUGACUUCCAUAUCUGACAACAUAAAUGAAGUAGAGUUUCACCCAAAGGAUUAUGAUCGCAUACUGGCAGUCAUAUCAAGAGAAGGAGAAAAAAUUCCAUUGGACACUCCAGUGCUUGCAAAAGGACCAGUAGAAAUUUGGUUGAAGAUUUUACUGCAAAUGCAGCAGAAGUCAUUGCAUGGCAUAAUUAGGGCAGCAUUUUACCAAAUUAGUGACCCAGGAUAUCAGUUGUUGAAUUUUCUUAAUCAAUUCCCAGCCCAGGUUGGGUUACUGGGAAUUCAAAUAUUGUGGACACGUGAUGGAGAAGAAGCUCUAUGCAAUGCUAAGGAUGACAGAAAAAUCAUGGAUGUAACCAAUGCUAGAUUUCUGGAUAUUCUGAAUACACUGAUUGGCCAGACCACACAGGAUCUUUCCAAGUUUGAGAGAGUGAAAUUUGAAACACUUAUUACCAUUCAUGUGCAUCAGCGUGAUAUUUUUGAUGAUUUGGUAAAAAUGAACAUCAAAACACCGACUGAUUUUGAGUGGUUAAAGCAGUCCAGAUUCUACUAUAAAGAGGAUUAUGAUCAUGUCAUCGUAGCAAUUACAGAUGUUGAUUUUAUUUACCAGAAUGAAUUUCUGGGUUGCACUGAUCGUCUGGUUAUAACACCUCUUACAGACAGGUGCUAUAUAACUUUAGCGCAAGCUUUGGGAAUGAACAUGGGAGGAGCUCCAGCGGGACCAGCUGGAACUGGUAAAACAGAAACAACAAAAGACAUGGGAAAGGCUCUUGGAAAAUAUGUAGUAGUCUUUAACUGCUCUGAUCAAAUGGACUUCAGAGGUUUAGGCAGGAUUUUCAAAGGUCUUGCACAGUCUGGAUCUUGGGGAUGUUUUGAUGAAUUCAAUAGAAUUGAGUUACCUGUCUUGUCAGUAGCAGCACAGCAAAUCUAUAUUAUUUUAACAGCAAGAAAAGAAAAAAAAAAGCAGUUCAUUUUUUCUGAUGGCGAUUGUGUAGAUUUAAAUCCAGAGUUUGGAAUUUUCCUAACUAUGAAUCCUGGAUAUGCUGGACGUCAAGAACUUCCAGAAAAUCUCAAAAUUCAGUUUAGAACUGUUGCAAUGAUGGUUCCAGAUAGACAGAUAAUUAUAAGGGUUAAACUUGCAAGUUAUGGAUUUAUUGAUAAUGUGGUCUUGGCUAAGAAAUUCUUUGUCCUUUAUAAACUUUGUGAGGAGCAGCUUACUAAGCAGGUCCAUUAUGACUUUGGUCUGAGGAAUAUCCUUUCAGUACUGAGGACUCUUGGAGCUCAAAAGAGAGCCAGGCCAACUGAAAGUGAAUUGAGUAUUGUCAUGAGAGGGUUAAGAGAUAUGAAUCUUUCUAAGCUGAUAGAUGAAGAUGAACCUUUGUUUCUCAGUCUUAUCAAUGAUCUCUUCCCGGGGUUGCAGUUGGACAGCAGUACCUAUGAUGAGCUCCAGGCUGCAGUAGCUCAUCAGGUUGAAGAGGCAGGAUUGGUUAACCAUCCACCAUGGAAUCUUAAGCUUGUUCAGCUGUAUGAAACUAAUCUAGUACGUCAUGGGUUGAUGACACUUGGACCUAGUGGAUCUGGAAAAACGAUGGUCAUAACUAUAUUAAUGAAAGCACUCACAGAAUGUGGCCAACCUCAUAAGGAAAUGCGCAUGAACCCCAAAGCUAUUACUGCUCCUCAAAUGUUUGGAAAACUAGAUGCUGCAACUAAUGACUGGACAGAUGGCAUCUUUUCUACUCUGUGGAGGAAAACACUGAAAACCAAAAAGGGUGAAAAUGUGUUUCUGGUUUUAGAUGGUCCUGUAGACGCCAUCUGGAUUGAGAAUUUAAAUUCAGUUUUGGAUGAUAACAAGACCCUCACUCUUGCAAAUGGAGAUCGGAUUCCUAUGUCUCCUUCGUGUAAGCUGCUAUUUGAGGUCCACAACAUCGAGAAUGCCUCUCCAGCAACAGUUUCUCGAAUGGGUAUGGUCUUCAUCAGUUCUUCUGUCCUCAGCUGGAGACCAAUAUUGCAGGCGUGGCUGAAAAAACGUACUGCACAAGAAGCUGAACUUUUGCAAAGUUUGUAUGACAGGAUCUUUGAACCAGCAUAUACAUAUAUGAAACUAAACCUUAAUCCCAAAAUGGAGCUUCUGGAAUGUAACUACAUUAUGCAGUCUAUUAAUCUUCUGGAGGGCUUGAUUCCAGCAAAGGAAGAACGUGGUGGAUCAGCUACACAGCGUCUGCAUAGAUUAUUCAACUUUGCAAUAAUGUGGAGUUUAGGUGCCCUUCUGGAGCUGGACAGUAGAGAUAAACUUGAAGCCUUCAUUAGAGCUCAUGAUAAUAAAUUAGACUUACCAAAAAUCCCACGUGGCAGCAAUCAAACGAUGUAUGAGUUUUAUGUUAAUGAUUGUGGUGCCUGGGAGCACUGGAGUAAUAGAGUUCAGGAAUUUGUUUAUCCAACAGAUCAUGUCCCAGACUAUGCAUCUAUUCUGGUUCCAAAUGUUGACAAUACCAGAACUCAGUUUUUGAUAAACACAAUUGCAAAACAAAAGAAGGCUGUAUUGCUCAUAGGAGAACAGGGGACUGCGAAGACAGUCAUGAUUAAAGGAUAUAUGAAGAGAUAUGAUCCAGAGGAGCAUUUGUCAAAAAGUCUAAACUUUUCAUCUGCCACUGAACCAUUUAUGUUUCAGAGAACAAUAGAGAGUUACGUGGACAAACGCGUUGGAAGUACUUAUGGACCUCCUGGGGGCAGAAAGAUGACUAUUUUUAUUGAUGAUAUCAAUAUGCCAUUUAUCAAUGAAUGGGGAGAUCAGAUAACAAAUGAAAUUGUCCGUCAGAUGAUGGAAAUGAGAGGAAUGUACAGCUUGGAUAAACCUGGAGACUUCCUUACAAUUGUAGAUGUACAAAUUAUAGCAGCAAUGAUACAUCCUGGAGGAGGCCGUAAUGAUAUUCCCCAGCGUUUAAAAAGACAGUUUAGUGUAUUUAACUGUACAUUGCCAUCCAAUGCAUCCAUCGACAAAAUUUUUGGUAUAAUUGCCACUGGAUACUUUCAUCCUUGUAGAGAAUUCAACUCUGAAGUAUGUGAAAUGGUGGAAAAAUUGGUCUCAACAGGCAGGAUAUUGUGGCAGCGGACAAAGGCAAAGAUGUUACCUACACCAUCUAAAUUCCACUAUAUCUUCAACCUUCGAGACCUUUCUAGAAUUUGGCAAGGAAUGUUAUCUAUAAAGGCAGAAGAAUGCACAACCAGCACUGUUAUCCUAAGACUUUUUAAACAUGAAUGUACCAGAGUAAUUGCUGACAGGUUUAAUACACCUGAAGAUACAGCCUGGUUUGAAAAAACUAUUGAUAAAACAAUUGAGGAAUAUGUGGAGGCAGAUUUAAGUGAAGUUCUCCAAGCUGAACCGUAUUUUGUAGAUUUUUUACGGGAUGAGCCUGAACCAACUGGUGAAGAACCAGAAGACGUUGAGCUUCAAGCACCAAAAGUUUAUGAGGAGAUUCCAAGCUAUGAAUUCCUUUGUAACAAAUUGCGGGCAUAUCAGUCACAAUACAAUGAAAAUAUUAGAGGGUCGUUUCUUGAUUUGGUGUUUUUCAAGGAUGCAAUGACACAUCUUAUUAAGGUUUCCCGAAUUAUUCGGACAGCAUAUGGAAAUGCUUUACUUGUUGGAGUUGGUGGUUCUGGAAAACAAAGUCUCUCAAAGUUAGCCUCCUUCAUUGCUGGCUAUAAAAUAUUUCAGAUCACUUUAACCAGAUCCUAUAACGUAACUAAUCUGUCAGAAGAUUUAAAAGUAUUAUAUAGAACAGCUGGACAGGAAGGACAAGGUAUCACCUUUAUUUUCACUGAUAAUGAGAUAAAAGAGGAAUCAUUUUUGGAAUAUGUAAAUAAUCUGCUGUCUUCAGGAGAGAUUUCUAAUUUAUUUGCUCGGGAUGAAUUGGAUGAAAUCACCCAAUCAUUAAUACCUGUGAUGAAAAAAGAGCUGCCUCGGCAUCCUCCUACCUUUGACAAUCUUUAUGAGUACUUUCUAAGUCGGGCAAAGAAGAACUUACAUGUUGUCCUCUGCUUUUCUCCAGUUGGUGAGAAGUUCCGUGCACGUUCUUUGAAGUUUCCUGGUCUGAUAUCAGGGUGCACCAUGGAUUGGUUCAGUCGAUGGCCCAGGGAAGCUCUUGUAGCUGUGUCCAACUAUUUUCUUUCAGAAUUUAAUAUGGUCUGUGCUCCAGCAGUUAAAACAGAAAUAGUACAAACCAUGGGUAUCUUUCAUGAUAUAGUUUCAGAAAGCUGUGAAAAUUAUUUCCAAAGGUAUCGAAGACGAGCCUACGUGACACCAAAAUCCUAUCUCUCUUUCAUCAACGGCUACAAAGAGGUUUAUGCUGAGAAGCUAUAUAGUAUCAAUGAACAGGCUGAACGUAUGCAAACUGGUCUGUCCAAGCUGAUGGAAGCCAGUGAAUCUGUUGCUAAACUCUCUAAGGACUUGGCUAUUAAGGAGAAGGAACUGGCUGUGACAUCUGUUAAGGCAGAUAAAGUACUAGAAGAAGUCAAAGAAAGUGCUGAAGCUGCAACUAAAAUAAAACUUGAAGUCCAGGGUGUGAAAGAUAAAGCACAAAAGAUUGUUGAUGCAAUUGAUAUAGAAAAACAGGAAGCAGAGAAAAAACUGGAGGCAGCUAAACCAGCACUAGAAGAAGCAGAAGAGGCUCUGAAAACCAUCAGACCAGAGGAUAUUGCUACUGUUAGAAAACUUGCAAAACCUCCUCACCUCAUUAUGAGGAUCAUGGACUGUUGUCUGCUACUAUUUCAAAAGAGACUGGAUCAAGUUACCAUGGAUCCAGAAAAGCCUUGCUGCAAGCCAUCAUGGGGAGAAUCAUUAAAACUUAUGAGUGGCCCGUUCUUGAACAACCUACGGAAUUUUGCUAGGGAUACAAUCAAUGAUGAGACAGUAGAAUUAGUCCAGCCUUACUUUGAAAUGGAGGACUAUACACUGCAGCAUGGAAAAAAGGUUUGUGGCAAUGUGGCAGGACUCCUCUCUUGGACACAAGCCAUGGUGGUAUUUUAUGGUGUUAACAGAGAAGUUUUGCCUCUUAAGGCUAACCUGGCAAAACAAGAAGGUCGCCUUAAAAUAGCUAAUGCAGAAAAAGAUAAGGCUCAGGCAGAAUUAGAUGAAAAGCAAGCUGAACUGGAUAAAGUGCAGGCAAAGUUUGAUGCAGCAAUGAAGGAGAAAAUGGACUUAGAGAAUGAUGCAGAAACAUGCAAAAGAAAGAUGCAAGCAGCCUCUGCCCUUAUAGAUGGACUGAGUGGAGAGAAAGUUAGGUGGACUCAGCAAAGCAAGGAAUUUAAAUCUCAGAUUAAGAGACUUGUGGGAGAUAUAUUGCUCUGCACAGGCUUUCUUUCAUACUGUGGACCUUUUAAUCAAGACUUCAGGAACCUUUUGAUUAAAGACUUAUGGGAAGCAGAGUUGAGAGCUCAUAAAAUCCCCUUUUCUGAUGAUUUGAACCUGAUUUCUAUGUUGGUAGAUCAACCAACAAUUAGUGAGUGGAAUCUUCAAGGAUUGCCUGGAGAUCACCUCUCAAUUCAGAAUGGUAUCAUUGUCACUAAGGCAUCGAGAUACCCACUUUUGGUAGACCCACAAACUCAAGGAAAAGCGUGGGUUAAAAAUAAAGAACAGGAAAAUGAAUUACAGGUAACAACUCUGAAUGACAAGUAUUUCCGACAACACCUAGAAGACAGUCUUUCACUGGGACGAUCACUCCUGAUUGAAGAUAUAGAGGAAGAGUUGGAUCCAGUCCUUGAUAAUGUCUUAGAAAAAAAUUUCAUAAAAUCUGGAUCUGCUUUUAAGGUGAAAGUUGGUGACAAGGAAGUAGAUGUUAUGAAUUCAUUUAGGCUGUACAUUACUACAAAGCUACCUAAUCCUGCUUUCACACCUGAAAUUAAUGCAAAAACAUCAAUUAUUGAUUUUACUGUUACAAUGAAAGGACUUGAGAAUCAGUUACUGAGAAGGGUAAUACUCACUGAAAAACAGGAACUAGAGGCAGAACGAAUUAAGCUCAUGGAAGAUGUAACUUCUAAUAAGAGAAAGAUGAAAGAACUGGAAGACAAUCUUCUUUACAAACUAACUGCAACCAAAGGUUCACUAGUGGAUGAUGAAUCCUUAAUUGGUGUCCUGCAAAUAACUAAGCAAACAGCUGCUGAAAUAGCUGUCAAGUUGUCUGUGGCAGCAGAAACUGAAGUGAAGAUUAACACUGCUCAGGAGGAAUAUCGACCUGUUGCUACUCGUGGAAGCAUUCUUUAUUUCCUUCUUACAGCAAUGAGCAUGGUCAAUAAUAUGUAUCAAACUUCACUGGCUCAGUUCUUGAAGUUAUUUGAUCAAUCCAUAGCCAGGUCUAAGAAGUCUCCUGUGGCUCAGAAGAGAAUCUCAAAUAUUAUUGAGCAUCUUACCAUUGAAAUUCACUCAUAUUCUGUCAGAGGCCUGUAUGAAAACCACAAAUUCCUCUUUACUCUCCUCCUGGCUUUAAAAAUUGAUAUUGAGAGAGGACAUGUGGAAAACAGAGAGUUCCAAACUCUCAUUAGAGGAGGUGCUGCUUUGGAUCUACAGGCUUGCCCACCCAAACCAUGCCGCUGGAUACUUGACAUGGUAUGGCUAAAUCUAGUGGAGUUGAACAAACUUCCACAGUUUGAAGAAAUUUUGGAGCAGAUAGCUGAAAAUGAUAAGGCAUGGAAGAGCUGGUUUGAUAAAGAUGCCCCUGAGGAAGAAAUUACACCUAACGGAUACAGUGAUUCACUUGACACCUUUCGGAAGCUUUUACUCAUCAGGUCAUGGUGUCCAGACCGAACACUUUCCCAAGCCAGGAAAUAUAUUGCAAGUUCCUUGCAUGAGAAAUAUACAGAGCCAGUUAUUUUGAAUUUAAGAAAAACUUGGGAAGAAAGUGACAUGCGAACACCACUCAUCUGUUUCUUGUCUAUGGGAUCAGACCCAACUGAUCAGAUUAAUUCCUUGUCUAGGAAGCUUAAUUUGGAAUGUAGGACCAUCUCAAUGGGCCAAGGACAAGAGGUUCAUGCACGCAAACUCAUGGAGGUGUCAAUGGAACAGGGAGGCUGGUUGUUGCUUCAGAAUUGUCACCUUGGACUGGAAUUCAUGGAUGAACUGCUGGAGACACUUCUUACUGCUGAGAUCCAGAAUGACACAUUUCGAGUUUGGAUAACUACUGAACAACAUCCUAAAUUCCCAAUUACACUGCUACAGAUUGCUAUCAAGUUCACAAAUGAACCUCCACAAGGUAUACGUGCCGGACUGAAAAGAACAUUUUCUGGAAUUAGUCAGGAUCUGUUAAAUGCUAGCAACCUGCCUAUGUGGAAACCUUUGCUUUACACUGUAGCUUUCCUGCAUUCUACUGUUCAGGAGCGACGCAAGUUUGGACCUUUGGGUUGGAAUAUUCCCUAUGAAUUUAACUCAGCAGACUUUACAGCCAGUGUCCAGUUUAUACAAAACCACCUAAAAAAAAUUGACAUCAGGAAGGGGAUAUCAUGGAACACAGUACGCUACAUGAUUGGAGAAGUACAGUAUGGAGGCCGAGUCACAGACGACUAUGAUAAGCGUCUUCUUAAUUGUUUUGCAAGGGUAUGGUUUAAUGAAAGUAUGUUUGACAGUGCUUUCUGCUUUUACACUGGCUAUAAAAUUCCAGUUUGCAAAAUGCUGGAACAGUACUUUGACUACAUCCAGUUACUUCCUGCCAUGGACAGCCCAGAGGUGUUUGGUCUCCAUCCCAAUGCUGAUAUUACAUACCAGAAAAAUACAUCAGCUGAUGUUCUGGAUACUAUUACCAACAUUCAGCCUAAAGAAAGUGGUGGAGGAUCUGGAGAAACUCGUGAAGCGGUUGUUUAUCGUUCAGCUGAAGACAUGCUGGAGAAACUUCCCCCAGAUUACGUACCUCAUGAGGUAAAGGCUCGUUUAGUUAAAAUGGGAGCACUUAACUCCAUGAAUAUUUUUCUUCGUCAAGAAAUUGACCGCAUGCAGAAGGUGAUCACAGUUGUCCGCACCAGUUUGAAUGAUCUGAAACUAGCCAUAGAAGGAACUAUUGUUAUGAGUGAGAAUUUAAGAGAUGCACUUGAUAACAUGUAUGAUGCUAGAAUCCCUCAAGUAUGGAGAAGAGUAUCUUGGGAGUCUUCCACACUUGGCUUCUGGUUUACUGAACUUUUGGAUAGAAAUGCUCAAUUAUCUAGUUGGAUCUUUCAAGGAAGACCAAGGGUGUUUUGGAUAACUGGAUUCUUUAAUCCACAAGGAUUCCUGACAGCAAUGAAACAAGAAGCAACUCGAGCACAUAAAGACUGGGCUUUAGAUAAAGUUGCAGUACAUAAUGAUGUGCUAAAGCUAACCAGAGAAGAAAUCACAUCAUCUCCUUCUGAAGGAGUAUAUAUCUACGGGCUCUACUUGGAAGGUGCAGGCUGGGACAAACGAAGAAGCAUACUCGUUGAGUCUACACCAAAGAUUCUUUUUGUCCAGCUGCCUGUGCUCCAUAUGUAUGCUGUUGAUUCAACCAGACCUAGGGAUCCCAAGCUUUAUGUUUGUCCUCUUUACAAGAAGCCCAUGAGGACAGAUUUGAACUUUAUUACAGAGGUAUUUUUAAAGACAGCAAAGUCUCCAGACCACUGGAUUUUGAGAGGAGUGGCUCUUCUCUGUGACAUCAAGUAA